UUCUCCAGCGUCCGCGAGAGCUGCGCUCAUAUUGACUGCGGCUGCGGCGCUGACAGCAGCACACAAAACACUCUGAGAAGCAGCAGAGAGACAGAGGCUUAUAAUGUCCCCCUCCUCCCUGUGGAUUAUUCUUAUAAUGUUCUGGAGCUCCGCGACUCUGGACGCCAGGAAAGCAGACGAGUCCCUCAGCGGGAGCGUGCAGCGCGCAAGAUGCGCGUCCCGGUGCCUCAGCCUGCACAUCACGCGCAUUUCUGCAGCCUUCAGACAUUUACAGAGCAAUGGAUCAUUGGUGUGGUGUGAGAAUCACAAGCAGUGCUCAAAGUGUCUGGAACCGUGCCGGGCCUCAUGGGACCUGAAGGAAAACCAGUGUCAGGAUCUGUGCGAGACUCAGUUCCCGAAGAAGCACUACGAGUGUCUGACGAGCUGUGAGUUUCUGCGGUCGGUGCAGACACUGAAGCAGGGCGAUUGUCCGGCGGAGGAGAAGGCCAGCGGGUUUGAGGCCGCAUGCGUACAGAGCUGCGACUCUGACAGCGACUGCACAAGUCUGAAGAAGUGCUGCUCUAACGGCUGUGGACACACCUGUCAGACACCCAAGAACGUUUAUAAAGGGUCUCCUCUGAAGCCGCGUAAGGAUCUGCAGUUUGUGGAGCAUCCGUCAGGUCAGCUGGAGCUGCGCUGGUCCUCACGCUUCAAUGUGUCUGUGGAGCCGGUGCUGUAUGUGCUGCAGAGACGCUGGAACUCUGGGAUACACCCUACUGAAGACCACGCUACACACUGGAGAGACAUCGCUCAGGUGAGCGAGGAGCGUGUGGUGCUGAGCGAUGUGCGUCCCAGCCGCUGGUAUCAGUUCAGGGUGGCAGCAGUAAACGUUCAUGGCACACGGGGGUUUACUGCGCCCAGCAAACACUUCCGCUCGCACAGAGAUCCGUCUCCUCCUCCUUGUCCGUCUGCUCUGCGUGUGGUGAACAUGAGUGUGUGUGCAGACGGUCUGCUAUCGCUCCGCAUCCACUGGAGUCUCCCUGCAGAGUCUGAUGUUCCUGUUCAUCACUACAAGAUCUUCUGGAGCAGCACACACACACCGACGAAGACACUGACGAACCACAGGAGGAGGAGGAAGACCAGCCACGGGGAGAACUUCAUGAAUCUCCCCAGCCUGCUGUUCUCCUGUAAGUACACUCCUGUGAAGGUUUUGGCGAAGCCUGAAAAUCUGACAGCGUCCUUCAGCUUCCACGACGGUAACGUGACGGCUAGUUUCGUGUGGAGCGUGUCGCAUCAUCAGCCUCACCAGCCAAUCACAGGCUUCCAGGUCACAUGGGCGGAGGUUUCCACAGAGAGCCGUCAGAACAGCCUUCCAAACAGCAUCAUCUCUCAGUCGCAGAUCCUGCCGCCGAAUCGUAACCUGCUGGUGGUGUGGAACCUCCGUCCGGCCUCCGUCUACAGGUUGGAGGUUCAGGUCAUCACCACAGCUGGAGAAGGGUUAGGGUUAGGGCCGGCGAUAAAGAAGAUCUUCCAGACGCCCAGCCGAAAAACUCGUCUUCAUCAACAGCACCAUAAGAAGUCUUCAGCAGAGAAACACUGAAACCAGCAGGAAAACACAAGACUUUUUAAUUCUCUACGGUUUUCAUCGCAAAACCCAAACUCUUGCAGCACCGUUUCAUGUCCGGAUUUACACCGUUUCUGCAAGUUAAGAUCACCUUGGGAAGACGAAUCCCAACCUGCCCAGACCGCAAGAAAUCCAGUUUUAUUUGAAUGGAAGAAUUGAGUCAUUCAGCUGUAGAGAAAUACUCGGUUAUCAUCAAACAUUCACUUAUAGAGUGUUUUCAUUUGUGUUUCAUCCCCGUAUGCACAGCCGUACUGGAGAGACUUGGAUGUAAACGACAGCAUGACUGAAUUCAUUCAUUCAUUCAUUUUCUUUUCGGCUUAGUCCCUUUAUUAAUCCGUGGUCGCCACAGUGGAAUGAACCACCAACUUAUCCAGCACGUUUUACG